CGCUAAGCAGAAAGCUAGCUUGUUUUAUGAGGUUACUUUUAUUAGAUAAAAAAAAGGUAGAAGAAAAAAAGGGUGGCUUGCGCAUUUACAGCCAUCUGCUCAUCCUCUCUCUCUCUCUGUAGCUUCAAGAUUCCACAGAGGAGGAAAAAGAGUUCCUUCUACUCAUCUACUAAUUAGUUCUUUUGCUUUGUCCAUUGCGUCUUUUUGCCCCAACUUUCUCUCUCUGUCUUUGCCAUCGAGCUCUCCUUUAUCCCUGAGAGAUCUACAGAGCUGGCGGAAUCUUAGCAGCUAAGUCAAGCUUUGAGCCCUGACUCCAAGAACAAGGUGUUUGACCUCUAUUUCUGAGCGUUAUGAUAAGAGAAGUGAGAAGAAGGCUCUUUAGGAUCUCUCCUGUUUCGGUUGUGGCUUUGAUGGUGAUCUUAGCUCUGCCACUUUCCCUCAGUUUCACAACUGAGCAAGAUGUUUUUGCAAUAAAUAGCUUAUAUGCCGCAUUGGGAUCACCUCCUCUUCCUGGAUGGGUCGCAAAUGGAGGCGAUCCCUGCACAGAGGGCUGGCAGGGUAUCCAAUGUGUUGGCCCAAAUAUCACAUCAGUAAUUAUGAAUGGUGCAAAUUUGGGUGGUCAAUUAGGCGACCAUUUGGGAAAUUUUUCUUCAAUAGUGACAAUAGAUUUCAGUAAUAAUUAUAUUGGUGGAACUAUACCAGAAAAUCUGCCAGUUACCUUGAAAGGAUUUUUUCUUUCAGCCAACCAAUUUACAGGAAACAUCCCAAGUUCUUUGUCAAGACUGACACUUCUUUCUGACAUGUCAGUUAAUGCCAAUAAUUUAAGUGGACAAUUGCCAGACGCGUUCCAGUCUCUCACUGGUUUGAUAAAUCUGGAUUUCUCUUCCAAUAACGUAAGUGGUCAACUGCCUCCUUCAAUGGCAAGUUUGGCAUCGCUGACCACACUGCAUGUACAGGAUAAUAAGAUAUCUGGGACCCUUGAAGUUCUGCAAGACCUUCCUCUAAAGAAUUUGAAUGUUGAAAAUAAUCUUUUCUCUGGACCCAUUCCAGAAAAAAUGCUCAGUAUUCCAAAUUUCAAAAAGGAUGGUAACCCAUUCAAUACCACAGUUGCUCCUUCGUCAGCUCCGGUGAUUCCACCAUCACCAUUUCCCUUCUCUGGGGCUCCUGCCCCUCGGAGUGUGCCGAGGAAUUCUUCUGAGGGAUCUUCUGCACCCAAAAGUAGUGAACCUGGACAGAGUAAAAGAACCUCAACCGUUAAAAUUGUUGGAUAUGUACUUGCAGGAGUGGUUUCAUUUAUUAUCAUUGUGCUAGCUGUUAUAUUUUGCCUAUCUAAGCUGCAAGAAAGAAGAUCAGAACGCGACGAAAUUCCUGUUAGGCAGCACUGGAGAGCACCUCAAAGGCGUGAGGAACUAAAAAGCAACGAGCAAUCCUCACGGCAAAAUGAGCGCAUAAAGAAAUCUUCAAGACAGGCUUCUGUGGAACCAAAUCAAGAACCUAAAAUUGGUAUGACUGGUACAGCUCAAAAGGAGGAUUCAGAGAAGCAGAAGAAGUUAGAUACUGAUAGAUUCGAUUCAGGAAUACUUCAAAUGCCACCACCGCCUCCUCCCCCUCCACCACCGCCACCACCUCGUGCUGAAAAAGUCAUUGUAAAUCCCAUUGUUCCACCUGAAAAAAGUGCAGCCACCCAACCUCCUGUCACUGCAGAUACUCCAUCCCCAGUUACAUCUUAUUCGGUCGCAUCCCUACAACAAUACACAAAUAGCUUUAGAGAGGAAAAUCUGAUAAAAGAUGGUAGAUUGGGAAAGGUGUACUUUGGAGAACGACCAGAUGGAAAGCCGCUGGCAGUUAUGAAACUGGACAAUGUAAACUCCAAAAUUCCCGAGGAUGAUUUUCUUGAACUAGUCCUGAGCAUAUCUGAGCUUCGCCAUCCAAACAUUCUUGAACUUGUGGGUUACUGUGCUGAACAUGGACUGCGAUUGCUAGUCUAUAACUAUUUCAGUAGAAGAACCUUGCAUGAUAUACUACAUUGCCAUGAUGAACUAAAGGAACAGAUAUCAUGGAAUGCACGUCUCAAAAUAGCCCUUGAGGCAGCAAGAGCUCUCGAAUAUCUUCACGAGUUUCAGCCACCUAUUGUUCAUCGGGAUUUUGAACUUGGCAAUGUUCUUGUAAAUGAUGAACUUGCAGUGCGUGUGGCAGAUUGUGGGUUGGCUUCUCUUAUGUCUUCUGAUUCUGUAAAUCAGUUGUCAGGUCGAAUGCGUGCAUUGCUCAACUAUGAAGCCCCAGAAGUUCAUGAAUCUGGAGCAUGUAGCGAUCGAAGUGACGUUUACAGCUUUGGAGUUGUCAUGUUAGAACUACUUACAGGCCGUGAACCCUAUGAUAGCUCACGGCCUAGAGCGGAGCAGCAUUUAGUUAGGUGGGCUAGCUCUCAGUUACAUGAUAUUGAUACUUUAUCGAGAAUGGUAGAUCCUUCUAUUUCUGGGAAGUGUUCUGUGAAAUCGCUCUCUCGUUUUGCAGACAUUAUUAGCCGCUGCAUUCAGCAAGGCCCGGAGUUCAGGCCACAGAUGUCUGAGGUUGUUCAAGACCUCGCCCGAAUGGUGGAGGAUACAAAGACAACAAAGAAGAAUUUGAGAGGAGAUACUUCCAGUAGAGCUUCGGAAUAAAUUGAAAUGACAUAAAACUCAUCAGUUGGUGAGGGCGAAAGCCUGAUACAAGCUCUUCUGGUCUUAUUUCCUGGAGCCUCUCAUGUGCUUAUGAGUUAUGACUGGGGAGCUACGCCAUUGAAUCUUUGCUUCCACACUUGAUCUCUUGCAGAUGGAAUUGGAGGUCCUCUUUGAAAACUACAAAAUGUGGGAACUUAGCAUGCUCUGCUUAGGUUCUUCAUCUGGAAAGUUAAUUGCUGGUUGCAAUUAUUAUGUAAAACCGAUAAAAUAAACGUAGUUAGUCUGCAAUUACUCAUUAUUUGUUUCUAUUAAUCCAUUGUUUUGAUGACCGGAGAUAAAAACUGUUGUAUAAAGUGAAGAGCAAUUCUCAAGUUUGUCUUUGAAUUUGUAGAUUUUGAGUGUUUCAUCAUUCUUUUUCAUUGA